UGAUUUGCCUGGGCUGGCUCACAAGUAAAUGAAACUGAAAGUGAAUUUGAGAAGGAGAAGGAAAGCCAGCCAUGAGGUGGAUAACUUUAGAGGGGACCCGGAGUCCUGGGAACGUCCUGGGAAUGCUGGGAAGGGGAAUGCUGGCUCUGCGCCUGCUCAGCCCAGGGCUGCUAUGGAUCCUGGGCUGGCACAUGGUAGAGAGUGGCAUGACGCUGGGCAAGGCAGGCCAGCUGCCCUGCCUCUUGGAGGUUGCUCUAGAUCCCUCUGAAACCCUCAAUGGAGAGCGCAAGUGGCAGCACAUCCAGCUGGUGCUGAGUGGUUCUGAGAGCCAGUCUUUGUCCCACCAGGGCAACAGUGCCACCUUUCUGUUGCAGGACCGGGCAGGGGUCCUUCUCCCUCACAUGGACGAGGAUGUGGAUAAACUCGAAUGCAAAGUGAGUCGCUACUUCACCGCCAACACACAGAUCCUAUGGCCCGGCCUCCCUCCACGCCAAGCUCAGCUCCCUACCUGGCACCUUGUGACAAUCUCCCACACAGACGCCCAGUUCAAGGCCUCCACCUUCUGUUUCCAGUCUGCAGAGUCUGCCCAGGGCACGGGGCCAGCAAUCUUUUCAGGAGUGUUCUCCCUCUACACCAAGGCCUCUCGAGUGCAGGUGGAGCUUUAUGGGACCGUCCUGCUGGCCUGUAGCUUCGUCAUGGACCACGCCCCGGAGGCCUUGGAUGUGCGUUGGGCUCUUCGGCAGAAAGGAGGGAAGCAGCGUGAGAUACUGAAGUAUGAUGGGAAGCAGCGCCAGGUGACGCACCUCCACGAGCAGGUCGAGGCCUUCCCCAGCGAGAUCCCUGGCGGGGACGCCUCCAUUCGGCUCAACAACGUGGCUGUCAACGAUCAGGGCGACUAUUUCUGCUCCGUGAGCACUGCGGGGCUCUACUGGGAGCUCGGCAUCGAGGUGGCUGUUGUGGAGGCUCCCAAAGUGAGGUUUAGUCCCCAGACUCCAAUUCUGACCUUGGAGGAAGGAGAGGAGGAGAAGCUGGUGUGUGAUGUCCGCCACUACUUCCCACUGGAGGCCCACGUGUUUUGGCUCCGAGAGCGGUUGGAAGGCCGGAUGAUGCCAGAGGGAGUAAAGAAUGUCCUCUUUAGCAGCCACCGCAAGAAUGGGGAUGAGACCUUCAGUUUCUCCAGCUACUAUCUACUGAAGGCCUCACUCCAGGAUGAUGGCUUCCGCUAUACCUGCCUAGUGGAACACGAGGGUCUACGGUUCCCCAUUAGAAAAAGCAUCAUCAUCAGAGUGACAGAAAAGUCUGGAUCUUCAUGGGGGCUUCUAAUCAUCCUUAUAAUCCUGAUGGUUGUGAUUUUUGUUCUUCUGAGGUACCUGCACCAAGUAAAAAGUAUGAACAAGACAAAGCCUUACUAGGAAUUUAAAGCAGAUGUUGAGAAAAAAAGGAGAGAGACCUUUGGAGGCCAGUGUGGCGGAGAGAACCUCCCACUGCAAUAGAACUACAUGUCUUAGAACUUGAGCAAUGCUGUAGAAAAGCCCUGAAGAUACGUGGCAGCCAGGCCUGUCCCUGGUAUUGCGUGACUAUAGGCAAGUCACUGGAAAUUUGUGAGCUUGUUUCCUCAAGACUAAUGGUACAACUAUCUUUCAGGAAUGUUGUGAAGAACUAA